CUGCUGUCCCCCCCCCCCCCCCCCAGGGCUGCAGGCUCCUACCUGAGCUCCCACCCGGUCUGACCUCCGUGAGAUCGAGCAGCUUUUCAAGCGCUACCCAGGUUCUUCGUGCUUCUGAGGCCUCAAAGCAGGCUUGCCCUCCCAAGCUCCUCCCUCAGGCAGCGUGUCCCAUGCUAAAUGUGCCACCUGUCCUCAGAGCCUCGUGUGGGAAGGACCUGGGUUAGCCCCCUUUCACAGGUGAGGGAGGGCCUCCUUUCCCUGAGGUCACAGGGGCAUGGAAGUCACUGGAAAUUUCUGCUGCGUCUCAGAACCGGCGGGUAUAACUGCCCCUCCUGCCCUAACGCUGGGAGGAGGCUGAGGUCCCUGGGACCUCAGGUGGGCCUUCUAGAGACAGGAGUCCCUGCGGGGUGAGCUUCCUAGCCUCAUGUUCCGGUUCUUGGCUGUACCCCGGCCUCUCCCUUUUCCUGUUUUGACGCCGGCUGGGACAGGCCCGGAGACAGGAGCGUGAAGCCUUAAUCCUCCAGGUGACAGCUCGGCUACCUGCUGACCUGUCCCCUCCCCCCCAUCCCGCUCUACCUGGUGCACAGUGUGGGGACUCCAGACCCCAGGCACCCUGAGUGGGGAUGGGGUCCCACUGGUGGGCUCUCAGUGGCCCGUCCAACUUCUUUCCAGAAGCAGGUGGGGCAGGGGACCCCGUGGCCCGCCCUGAGUUCGGCUCUGGCUGCCGCAACACUCGUAAAUCAGGGGUGAAGGGGGUGUCGGAAACAGGUCUGCGGAAUGUCUGGAUGGGGCGGGGAGGGGGUGAACGCUUAACUCUUGGAGGCACAGUGGGUGGGGCAGAGGAACCAGUCGGAAGACAUAGGACAGUGUGUGCUGCGGGACAUGGGGGUCAUCCUGUGGUUACAGCAGCGGCAGCGAAGAGGUGAUUCCACCCCCCACCCCCACCUCGGCCCUGCCUUGGCAGUGGGAUAAAUUGAGGGAGCGAGGCCUCCCCACCAUCAGGACCCACCUGUCACUAUGGGCACAAGACGCGUCCUGCUCUGCUCUCUGCUGCUCCUAUCGCUGUGGCUGGGCCUCACCGGGGGCCCUGGUGUUUGGGGGGCUCCGGUGGCAGAGGAAGAGCUCCGAGGGACCCCAAGGCUGCAGCUGGGGGCCCGCCUGCGCCGAGCCCUGGCCACUCCGUGCCAGCUGUGGAGCCUGUCCCUACCCGUGGCCGAGCUGGGUCUGGGCUAUGCGUCAGAGGAGACGGUCGUCUUCCGCUACUGUGCAGGCAGCUGCCCCCGUGAUGCGCGCACCCAGCAUGGCCUGACGCUGGCCCACCUGCGGGGCCAGGGCCGAGCCCACGGUGGGCCCUGCUGCCGGCCCACCCGCUACACUGAUGUGGCCUUCCUUGACGACCGCCACCACUGGCAGUGGCUGCCCCAGCUCUCGGCGGCCGCCUGUAGCUGUGGCGCCUAAGGACGCCUGGCUUGGGGCCCCCCCGAGGCUCCUGGAGGAGCUCUGCUGACUUAUUUAUUGGAGACCAGAGGGGAGGUGUGCCGGGCAAGGAGCAUA